CCUGCGGACGCGGGGGCUGCCUACAAUUAUAACCCGCGGCGCCGCGUCGUCAGGCGUUUUAGUGGAUUGGACGUGGGCUUGACGAGGCUAAAAGUUGCUUUGCAGUUCUUUGCUGCGCUUCUAAGGCUGCCAUUUGCAGGAAUCAAUGCUGCCCUCGUGGAUGAGACCUGAGGGAGGCAAAACGGCUGACGACCAUCGGGAUAUACCGCGGGGCUGCUCGGACCCCUCGGCCGGGGCCGUGUUCCUCACGAAGCUGCUGAGAUUGGACACGAGGCGCGCGCUCGCGGCCGUCCGCGACGACCCGGCCGUGUCUAUCGAGGCCGGCUCGUUCAUCCUGCCGCCGCUCGUGGGCCUCGCGGCGGGCACGGUGCUCUUUCGAAGGCAGCGUGCUGGGUGGCGCGCCAGGGACUUCUCCGGCUCGGUCAAUUUUGCGUUGUUCGCCGUCCGCGGGAAUCGGAUGGUGCUACGCACGCUGUCGGAGAAGCGGCUCGGGGCGCUCGUGACGAACGAACACGGCCGCGCGGAGCUGCUGCGGAAUGCCAAGCGGGACAUCUGCACGGCCAAGUCGGUGCAGCUUACCCACAUGGACCGGGACUCCUCGCUCGUGAGCAACGUGCUUUUCAACGCGGUCGCCGAACAAUUCGCAACAGGUUUCGUCCAACGCGAGCUCGGCGUGCCAUGGGUUAAGUGCGGCCGCUUCGGCCUCGGCCUCGCAUACGGCCCCGAGGAUGCAAACUGGCGGCGCGGCGGCACAAAAAUGAGAGCAAUACUCGCCAGUGAGACGACCUUGAAGCAGAUUGUGACGUUGGCAGCAGUCGGGGAUGCCGCGAAAAUCCCAUCCGGCACCCCUGGUUCAUUCAAUAUGCUGCUCCGGCUGGCCGAGGCGCUGAACGUCAAGCCAGAGGCCGCGCCGGAAACGGAGCCAGAGCCCGGCAAAUUCGGGGCCACUCGUUACCGGUUGAAGGGAGAGCCCGUUCCUGGCGUGGCCGUGGGGUCGCCCAUCGCAACAUGGAUGGAGCUGUGCGUGCCGGGCGGGGGACCUGCCGGCGGCCACGAUCGAGGCGGACCUGACGAGCGCCACUUCUGA